AUGCGCCCGCCGAUCCUCGACCCGCUGUUUGCCCCCGUCUCAACACUGCCCGGGAUCGGACCCAAGAUCGCCAAGCUGGUCUCGGGCCUGGUUGGUGGCCAGCCGGAGAGGGACGCGACGGUUUCGGAUCUUCUGUUCCACAUACCGCACAAUCUUAUUGACCGGCGGCACCAGCCGGGAAUUGCCUACUCAGAAAGCGGUGACAUCGUCACCCUUGAUGUCACGAUCGGCCGGCAUCAGGCACCACCCAGAAACUCCAAGGCGCCCUACAAGAUCCCGGCCCAUGACGAGACCGGCGAGAUCAGUUUCGUAUUCUUUCAUCCACGCAGGGACUGGCUGGAAAAGACAUUCCCCGAAGGUGAGCGGCGUAUAGUGUCGGGCAAGGUCGAAUGGUUCAACGACCGCCCGCAAAUGGUACACCCGGAUUAUUCGCUCAAGCCGGAAGAGGCCGCCGAAAUGCCCUCGAUCGAGCCCGUCUAUCCCUUGACGGCCGGCCUUGCAUCCAAAACGCUUCAGAAAGCCAUGCGCGCCGCUCUGGAACGUGUUCCGAAUCUUCCUGAAUGGCUCAACGAUGCGCAUCUGCGUCAGACUGGUUGGCCGGACUUUCGCGAUGCCUUGCAGACGUUGCACAUGCCGAAAGAACGCCAGGACAUGGAACCGCAAUCAAUCUACAUGCAACGGCUGGCCUAUGACGAGCUGCUCGCCAGUCAGCUCGCGCUAGCGAUGGUCAGGGCCAAUAUGCGCCUGCUCGGCGGUAUCGCCCGAAAACCGGACGGCGCCUUGCAGCAGAGCGUCAUCGAUGCCCUUCCCUUUCAUCUGACGGACAGCCAGUCAAAUGCCAUCAGGGAAAUCAACGAGGACCUCGCAGAACCUACCCGGAUGCUAAGGCUCCUCCAGGGCGAUGUCGGUUCCGGAAAGACUGUUGUCGCCCUUGCAGCGUUGGCCCAGGUGAUCGAAACAGGUGCUCAGGGCGGCCUGAUGGCACCGACCGAAAUCCUUGCGCGCCAACACUACGCCUCGAUGUCGCCGCUGUGCGAGAAGGCCGGCAUCCGUCUCGCGCUGAUGACCGGCAAGGACAGCCAGAAGCAACGACGCCUGCUCCAGGAAAGACUGGAUGCAGGGGAAGUCGAUCUCGUGGUCGGAACCCAUGCGCUUUUUCAGGGCUCUGUAUCGUUCAAGAACCUUGGCAUGGUCGCUGUUGACGAACAGCACCGUUUUGGCGUCCACCAGCGGCUGGCCCUCUCGGGCAAGGGCCAGGGGGUCGAUGUCCUGGUGAUGACCGCAACUCCCAUUCCGCGCACGCUCGUCCUGACCUGUUUCGGCGACAUGGAUGUUUCCCGCCUCACCGAAAAGCCUGCCGGACGAAAACCGAUCAGGACCGUCUCCGUGUCGCUCGACCGUCUGGACGAGAUCAUCGCGCGCGUGGGCGCGGCUAUCUCCGAGGGACAAAAAGUCUACUGGGUGUGCCCGCUUGUCGAGGAAUCGGAAAAGAUCGACCUCGCAGCCGUUGAAGACCGACACCGCGUUCUGGAGCACGCGCUAAGACAACCCAUCUCUUUGGUGCAUGGCCGCAUGGGCGCGGACGAGAAGGACAGUGCAAUGUCCGCCUUCAAAAACGGAGAAACAAAGGUACUUGUUGCCACAACGGUGAUCGAGGUCGGGGUCGACGUUCCAGACGCGACCAUCAUUGUCAUCGAGCAUGCCGAGCGUUUCGGCCUUGCCCAGCUUCACCAGCUCCGCGGACGGGUCGGGCGCGGUGACAAGCCAUCAUCCUGUGUCCUGCUCUACAAGGGUCCAUUGGGCGAAACUGCUGGUGCACGCCUCAACAUCAUGCGCGAAACCAAUGACGGCUUCCUGAUUGCCGAAGAGGAUCUCAAGCUGCGAGGAGGAGGUGAAAUCCUUGGUACCCGCCAGUCAGGCACACCCGGUUUCCGCAUCGCGCGGGCGGACGAGCACGCCGAUCUUAUGGAAGUCGCCCGCGACGACUCGAGGCUCAUCCUGGAAAUGGAUCCGGAGUUGAAGUCCGAGCGCGGCGCGGCACUUCGAUGCCUGCUUUACCUUUUCGGCAGGGAUGCCGCGAUCAGGUUGUUGAGAGCGGGUUGA